ACAGCAAUUCUGAAUAGAGUUUUUAUGUCAAGCACAUGAAAGCAGACGAAAAGUAAAGAGCGAAUGCGUAGCACACUUUUACAUAAAGAGCGGGAGAGAGCAAACGAGAGAAAACAAAAACGGCAAAGCCAAAGCUGGCGAACAGAAAAAUCAACACGUUCACAGCACAUAAAGGGAGGUACAAAUUGUAUUUCCAACUUAGUUUUGAAUCGGAGCGUAUGAAGCGUAGUUGAACGAUCGAAUAAGUCGCUAUACGCAUUUUCAAGUAUUUCGAAAACGUGAAAACUCGACUAAAAAAAAUUGUGUCUCUUUGAUGUUUCCCCCAAGCCAGCAAACAACUCUUUUUAAUAACUGAGUCAACUUCCACGUGUGCAGCAAGUACAUCCAGUAAAAUACAUAAAAUGUACACGAAUACGAAUGUGUAUUUAAAGAGCAAUAUAUAGAAACUGAGUUCAAGUGCGUGAAAGCAUGUGGUCGCCGCAAAGUAAAACCAAAAUUGUAUUUGAAACUUCGGAACAAGAUCCACAACAACAUCCACGCUGGCACUGAGCGAAUGUCGCGACUCGCGAGUACUGGAACUGAUAAAACUUGAAGAGCUUGUUGAAGUAAAUAUAUAUUAACUCAUAUUAUACAUCACAUUGAUGCAUGAGUAAUAAAUGAACUUUUCGAAAAGCUAAUAACCAAAGGAUUGUGUUGUUAAUUUCGAAAUUCCUGUUUUGUUCACUCUAAGAGGGAAGAAAAUCGAACUCCUUUAAAAUGACGCGAAUUCAAGCCAGCGAUACCCUGAUUCCUCGCCAGGUGUUCGAUGUGCCAGCCGAGUCGGGCAACAAAGCACGUGGCCGCAGCAACUCCACCGCGGACACUUCUAGUGAAGGUUCGGGUGUUAAACUAAAGAAACAAAUUGGUCUGCUCGAUGGUGUUGCCAUCAUCGUUGGCGUCAUCGUUGGGUCUGGCAUUUUCGUUAGCCCUAAGGGGGUGCUUAUGCAUUCCGGUUCGAUUGGACAAUCGUUAAUCAUCUGGGUGCUAUGCGGAGUACUGAGCAUGGUGGGAGCUUUAUGUUAUGCUGAGUUAGGAACCAUGAUACCUAAGUCUGGCGGAGAUUACGCCUAUAUAGGAGCCGCAUUCGGACCGCUGCCAGCCUUUCUUUAUCUCUGGGUGGCGUUGCUAAUUUUGGUGCCGACAGGAAAUGCGAUUACGGCUCUGACAUUUGCACAGUAUCUGCUCAAGCCUUUUUGGCCAUCUUGUGAGGCGCCAAUCGAGCCGGUUCAGCUGCUAGCUGCUGCGAUGAUAUGUGUGCUGACGGUAAUCAAUUGCUACAACGUCAAGUGGGUGACUCGAGUGACGGACAUCUUCACCGGCACCAAGGUUGUCGCCUUGUUGGUUAUUGUUGGUGCUGGCGUUUAUUAUAUUGCCGAUGGCAAUACCGAGCACUGGGAACAGCCGUUCAAUGGUAGUUUCAAGAAACCAGGCCUCAUUGCAUUGGCAUUCUACAGUGGCCUCUUCUCCUAUUCGGGCUGGAAUUAUUUGAAUUUUGUGACCGAAGAGUUAAAAGAUCCCUAUCGCAAUCUACCGCGUGCCAUUUGUAUCUCAAUGCCCGUAGUCACGAUUAUUUAUAUGAUUACGAAUAUAGCAUACUUUUCGGUGCUUUCGACCGAUGAGAUACUUUCUUCGGAUGCUGUGGCUGUAACUUUUGGAGAUAAGAUGCUCGGAUUUUUUUCGUGGAUAAUGCCUUUGGCAGUAGCUUGCUCGACUUUUGGUUCACUCAAUGGUGCAAUCUUUGCCUCCUCUCGCCUGUUCUUUGUGGGAGCACGAAAUGGUCAUUUGCCGGCUGCAAUCUCGCUGAUCAAUAUUAAUUGCUUGACUCCGAUUCCAUCAUUGAUAUUCCUGUGCAUUAUUACGAUCAUGCUGCUGUUCACCAAGAACAUGUAUGUGCUCAUCAACUAUGUCAGCUAUGUGGAGGCGCUCUUCACUCUCAUCUCCGUGGCUGGUCUACUCUGGUUGCGUUACAAGCAACCCAAGACGGAGCGUCCGAUUCGCGUCAGUCUUGCACUUCCUAUCAUCUAUCUCAUUGUUUGCCUCUUCCUGGUGAUCUUUUCGUGUUUCGAGUCGCCCACCGAAGUGGGCGUUGGCACCCUCAUCAUACUUUCCGGCAUUCCCGUCUACUAUCUGACGAUACACAAUCCGGUGCAGUGGCUGGCGAAUGCAUCGCAGGCAAUCAAUAUGUGGUGCUCCAAGUUCUUCAUUUGUAUGCCAAAUCAGGAGAAGUUCGAUUAAGUUCUGGUUAACUCAGUAGUGCCUUCGAUGUUCGAUGUACGAAUAUUAGAUAUAUAUUCUAAUUAGCCUAAGUCUCAAUUAUUUUGAUAUGCACAAAAUGUCAAGUAAGUCAAGUCGCAACAACUAAGCUAAGCCAACUAGAAUUAUGCAGUUUAAGAGCGUUAUUUCAAUCCGCAUGAAUUUAAUUGUAAAUACUUACAAGUAAUUCCAAUAGAUUUACACCAACACCAAUUAAUGUAUAUUUAAUUAUCAGUUCCUCCCAAGCACACAAAAGACAUUUACAUUUACAUUUAAAUAGAUCUACGUUUAAAGAUGAUUAUCGUUUCCAGAUAUUAAUUAACGUACAAUAAUAAGUACAAAUAAGUAGAUUAACGAUCUAUUUUUAUACGUGUGUAAAUCGAAAUAUUUUCUAUAAAAAACGUUAAUAAAUAAUAUUGAUAUAAACA